AUGGUGAUGAUACCAAGGUGCAGAGGUGACGUGUCAAUACCAGUACAUUUAGUGAUAAGUCUUACUUUCACUGGAAAUUGGUACAAAUAUUUUAUUAAAGAAAUCAACGCUGCAGGAGGUAUUUUUUCAGAAUCAUCAAUUAAAACGAACUGGUUUGAACAGCCACUGGACCAUUUCGAUAAAAAUGAAACUAGAACAUGGCGGAUGAAGUAUUUUGAACGACACGAUUAUUGGCGUGAGGAUGGGCCUAUUUAUGUUUUUAUCAACGGAGAAGGUCCAGCAAGUUCAGUAUUCUUGACCACGGGAAUGUUAUACGAUUUAGCCAAAGAAACAGGAGGAGCAAUGUAUGUCUCGGAACAUAGAUACUAUGGAGAUAGCAAACCAUUUGUAAAUUUAACAUCAGAAAAUUUAGCAUAUUUGAGUUCUAGACAAGCUUUGGCCGAUGUGGCAAAUUUAUUGAAAUAUAUACUAUCAAUGUCUAAAUUUAAGAAUUCAAAAGUUGUGGUCGUCGGUGGAUCAUAUGCUGGUAAUUUAGCAGCGUGGAUGAAGGUAUUAUACCCAAAUCUAAUUGAUGCAGCGAUUGCGAGCAGUGCACCAGUUUUAGCAAAAGCUGAUUUUUAUGAAUAUCUAGAAACUGUAAGUAAAGAUUUUGAAGAACAUGGAACGGAUGGUUGUUGGGAUAAUAUAGCAGCUAGGUUCAAAAGAUAUGAACGCCUUUUUCAAACAAGCGAAGGAAUUAAACAACUUAAAGAAGAAGAAAAUAUUUGCAAGAGUACUGACUUUAGUAAAGACGAAAACCGACAAUUAUUUUUCUUAGAUAAUGUUGUAAGAUAUAUGAUUCAAGCUCAGUAUGGUAGACCAGAGAGUAUAAGAAGCUUAUGUAGGGACCAAAAAUUACUUUUUGAAAAUUACAUUGAUGAACCGAAUAUUUUAUGGGAUGAGAAAAACAAAUGUAACAGUUACGAUUUUGAUGAGAUGAUUGAAGAAAUACGGGCCUCUGAUAUGUGGGUAUCUUGGCUGUAUCAGACGUGUACCGAAUUUGGGUACUACCAAACUACUAAUUCGGGUAACCAUCCGUUUACGAGAAAUAUUCCGAUUGAAUUUUUCUAUAGACAAUGUUCAAAGUUAUUUGGCUCAGAGUUUGAUGGAGAUAGAGUUGAAAAAGGUGUUAAAGAAUCGAAUGAAAUGUAUGGUGGCUUGAAUCCCAAUGUAAGUCAUGUCGUGUUUGUAAAUGGUGACAUGGAUCCAUGGAGUAGGUUGGGUAUUCUAGAAGAUGUUUCGUAUGAAGCUCCUGCUUUGGUAAUACCUAGAUCAUCACAUUGCAGAGAUCUUUUUUCUGAUAAAAAAGAUGAUUCAGAAGAAUUAAAAGAGGCUAGACGUUAUAUAAGGUAUUUGAUUAAAGAUUGGAUAGGAGCUGAAAAUUACAAAGCAUCAUAA